CGCUCCCCCCAUAGUAGGGCUAUCCUCUCGUUCUUCUCUUCAGGGCUCAACUCGACUUGUCCCCCUUACGCUCGUUACAAUGAGACAGUCCGUUGGAGCCGUGAGCCUCUUGGCUCUUGCUCGCCUCGUCGCUGGAACCAACAGCUACUGCGACGGCAACUUCCCUUGCCAGGCCAGUGUCAAUGUCAUCUACGCCUGUGCCACAGGGUGCCUCAGCUCGGCCGCCGUCACCCAGGCUGCCUGUCCGACGGGUGACUAUGCAUGCCAAUGCGGUCAAAGAGAGGUCAUCAAGGGUGCGGCUAGCAACUGCAUCAUCGGCCAUUGUGGUUUUGGAGCAGCCGUCUCUGCUCUGGACCAGGUUGAUGCCCUGUGCGCUUGUGUCUCAAGCAACCCCCCGACGGCUUGCACAACCAGCACGACGUCUACCUCGACGUCUACUACCGUUAUCGUGACGCCCCCGCCUACUACGACUCCGCCUGCCACUACUACGGAGCUGGAGGAGGACUGCGAGACAACUACAUCGCCGGAGACCACCCAGCCCCCUACCACCACUUCGGAAGAGGACUGUGAGACUACGACGGAGCCUCCUGUUACCACGACGCAACCUCCCGUCACCACCACGGCGCCCCCUGUUACUACGACUCAGCCUCCUACCACUACUUCAGAGGAGGAUUGCGAGACGACCACGGAGCCGGCCACUACUACGCAGCCUCCCACGACUACCUCGGAGGAAGAGUGCACGACCACUGAGCAAGCUACCACUACCUCGGAGGAGGAAUGCACGACGACGACUGAAGCUGCCACCACCACGACUGAGGUUGCCACCACUACUUCUGAAGAGGAGUGCACGACAACCACGCAGCCUCCCACCACCACCACCACCACCACCUCCGAGGAAGAGUGCACCACUACCACCGAGGCUAGCACGACCACUUCAGAGGAAGAGUGCACGACAACUACCGAGGCCACCACCAGCACCACUACUUCUGAAGAGGAAUGCACAACAACUUCAGUUCCCACAACUACCACUACUGAGGUGACGACUACCACCGAAGUGUUGACCACGACUGAGGCUACCACGACCUCGGAGGAGACGACGACGCCUUGCACCACGGAGACGGUCACGGAGCAGACAACUACGCCCUGCACCGAGACGGAGACGACUGUUAUCCCCCCUCCUCAGACGACCACCGAGACUGUCACGGAGGAGACGACUGUCCCUUGCACUACUGAAACCGAGACGACUGCUGUUCCUCCUCCUCAGACCACCACAGAAACUGUCACGGAGGAGACGACUGUCCCUUGCACUACUGAAACCGAGACAACUCCUGUGCCUCCUCCUCAGACGACGACCACCACUCCGGAGCAGACAAUCACGGAGACGAUCACGGAGGAGACGACUGUGCCUUGCACUACGGAGACGGAGACGACUCCUGUCCCUCCUCAGACCACCACCACAACCACUUCGGAAGAGUCAACCACCGCCAGCCCCAGCGGUUCGCAGUCUCAGCCCACCGGAGGCUCGACCUACGGGCCGCCUCCCACAAGCAGUGCCCCCGGAACCACCGUCCCUGCGACGACGGCCCCUGUGACGACGGCCCCUGUGACGACGGCUCCUCCAUCAAACUGCGAGCCCGUGCCCAUCAAGACCUGCGACUCCGUCGCCAGCUCGGCCGUCCCCUCAUGCGCCCAAGCGUGCUUCUCGUCGGCCGCCCCGGGCGUCGGCUGCGACGUCAACGACUUCGACUGCCAGUGCAAGCCCGAGGCUCAGGCCAGCCUGACCCAUCUGCUGGUGCCCUGCGUCGCCACUCGCUGCCCUGCUGCCUCUCUGCAGGCCGUCAUCACCGGAGCCAGCUCAGUCUGCGCCUGUGCCAGCGCCUCGCCCACGCUCGUUGCCCCUGGAACUUGCCAGACCAGCAGCCCUCCUCCCGCCGGCGGCAGCUCCAGCACCCCGGAAGUCCCCAGCAGCUCCCCGGUCAGCAGCCCCUCCGGAAGCCCGCCUCCUCCUGCUUCUUCUUCUUCUCCUCCCCCGAGCAGCCAGCCUACCGAGCAGCCCACUGGCGGCAACGGAGGAAGCCAGCCGUCUGGACCAAGCGGCGAACAGCCCACCAGCGGAUUCACCACACUGCCCACCGGCCCUGGCUCGCAGCCGACCGGACCUGGUUCGGAGACGACUACUGGAGGAGAGAGCGGAAGCCAGCCCACUGGGCCGCCGACUCUUCCCCCGAGCGCGGGUUCUCGAGUCGAGAUGAGCCUCGUUGCUGGUGUUUUUGCGGCUACCUGGGCGAUUGCAGUUUUGCUGUGAUUGCUGUAGCCUAGGACUGUAGUUGGGUUUUUACAGAUUGAUG